GGCACACCUCAGCAACUUUUCCUAACGUAACAACUCGUUAGGUGGUAUAUGUGGGGCAAUCUAUCACAGCACGCAGAGGUGAUGACUAAUACGCAAGGGGACCGCCUACCAAACCGAAAGUUACGCCUCCUGCGAUAAUCUUUCCAAGAUCACCCGAUAGUUUUCAAUAAUCAUGCCUAUAUUCUCACGCAUGUUAAAAGGGAUUCGGAGUAUUUCGCCAGUAUUGUCGAGAGAGACCACUCUAUUACCCAUCUCAAGCCGACAUUAUUCCUAUCAACACUCUCAGCUUCGGAUGGCUAAUAUUGUCGGGGAUCCACGGGAUUUCUUUAGUUAUACCAGUGGACGAUGGGUUUGGGAUGAAAGGCAGCAACUUCGAGAGAGGUAUCGCGAAUUUGAUAUACUUGAGAUGCAGAAAAUUGCUAUGGAAUCAUCAUCUUCUGGAUCCUGUGUUAGUAUGGCAAAGAUAGGGGAAGGGUCAUACAACAAGUCGUUCAAGCUUACUAUGGGCAAUGGGAAGACAGUUGUUGCUCGAAUUCCAAAUCCGAAUGCUGGGCCAGCUUUCUUGACAACGGCGUCCGAGGUUGCCACAAUGGACUUUUUAAGAACCAUACUCUGUCUUCCAGUCCCCAAAGUUCUUGCAUGGAAUUCUGCAGUUGACUCUACGAACCGUGUAGGGGCUGAGUACAUCAUCAUGGAGUAUGCCCCCGGUAGAAAUCUCGCAGAUGUUUGGACAGACAUGGACCUUGAAUGUAAGGUUCAGACGAUGGAGGAUAUAGUGACCAUCCAACACAAAUUUUUAUCGUUGAAAUUCUCAGAAUAUGGUUGCCUUUUCUACAGGGAAGAUGCACCUCCUGGAUCUCACCCUGCAAUAGUCGAAGGAGACAACUUGUCGCAUGAACUUAAGCAUAAAAUUGCUGAGAAGUAUUCUAUUGGGCCGACAGUAGACACAGAAUUCUGGAGUAAAGGACGAGGCGAUAUGGAUAUUUAUCGUGGACCAUGGGCUUCUGCGGUUGACUAUAUACAGGCUUUUGCCCUUCGAGAGAUAGCUUGGAUCCAGAAACAUGCAACCCCGCGUUCUCCAGAUGAUCCGUUAUUCGUUUCCCAUAGCCAGAACGAUCCUGCUGAACACGUUUCUCUUCUCCAGAGAUAUUUAUCUACUGCUCCACAUCUGAUUCCACAGGACGAAAGUAUUUUAGGGUCAUUCUUAUGGCACCCAGACCUUCGCACUCCUAAUAUUUUUGUCGACGAUAGUGGUCAUAUCACUAGCAUCAUUGACUGGCAAAGCACAUCAGCUGGUCCUUUGUUCCUAGAAGGCCGUCAUCCUCAUUUUCUCGAUUAUAACGGUGACUUGAUACUCGAACUACCUGAAAACUUUAAGCAGUUGGAUGAAAAUACGCAAAAUGCUGUUAAGGGUAAAGUCACCAACUCGAUCCUAUUAUAUCUCUAUGAGAAAUAUACGGCCGAGAGAAAUCCAAUUUUGAGCAGAGUGUUCCAGUAUCCAAAUGGCAAGACACUAACAGAUCCAAUUCGCUUUGUUGGGAAUACAUGGGAUGGAGAUAUCUUACCACUACGAGAGUCUUUAAUAAGGAUACAGAAGAAGUGGAGUUCACUAGGCCGUACGGUUGAGUGCCCCAUCAACUUUUCUCCUGAAGAAAUUAGCAAACAUUAUGAGGAUAGUGAAGGCUGGAAUGAAGUACAAGACUUUUGGGACGCCUUAUCAGGAAUCAUGAGCAGGGAUGGCUGGACCUCACAUGAAACAUACGAUCAAGCUGUUUCCAUUUAUUCUCAGAUCCAGGCAGAAACAGCCCCUCACUCAAGCCACGAUGUAUAAUACUGGAGGAAUAAGUUAAUUCUGUGCGAAGAUUGCUCCAGAAAAAAAAUUUUGGUUUCCACAGACGAAUGAGAUUUGCAUACAACAUAGAAAGAACUGUCAAUGUAUCCUGCCGUGACUUAGGUGGCCUCCAUUUCUUUGAGAUAUCC